AUGGUCUUUGAUGGUGUAACACAAUUUAGAAAGGCUCUAGCAGACUAUGUUAUAGAAUAUAGGAGGCAGUUGAAGGUAAGACCAAAUGAUAGCCAUAGGGUGAGGGCUAAGUGUAAAAAUACCAAGUGUAAGUGCGUGUUGGCAGCUAAGCUUGAUAGGGAUACAAGUGAUUUUAAGGUGAUUACCUAUCAUCCCAUUCACAAGUGUAUUCCUUUGAACAAAAACAAGAUGUGCACUUCUAAGCUAAUAGCAAGGAAGUUCAAGGACAGAAUUGUUUCUCAACCUUAUAUAAGGAUAUGGGAAAUUCAGGAAUUGGUAAGGGACAAGCUUGGUCUUUAUGUUAGUAGGACUGUUUGCCACAGGGCAAAACAGAAGGUUAUGAUAGAAAAUAUAGGUGACUGGAAUCUGGAAUUUUUCAGAUUAUGUGACUAUGCUGACAUGAUCAAGCAAACCAAUUCAGGAAGUAUUGCAUUUAAUCAAGGCUGGUUGGAUGGGUGUAGAAAAAUAAUAGGAUUUGAUGGUUGUUUUCUGAAAAGAGCUUGUAAGGGUGAGCUAUUGGUAGCUGUGGGCAAGAAUGGGAACAACCAAAUGUAUCCUAUUGCCUGGGCAGUGGUGGAUACAGAGACUAAACAUAGCUGGAAUUGGUUCAUAAAGUACUUGAUUGCUGAUCUAAAUUUGGGAAAUGGUGAAGGAUUGACUAUAAUGUCAGACAUGCAAAAGGGACUUAUUCCUGUCUUAUUGAAGCUGCUGCCAAAUGUUGAGACAAGGAGAUGUGCUAAACAUGUUUGGAGUAAUUGGCACAAAGAGUGGAGAGGAGAAGAAAGAAGGAAGCAGUUUUGGAGAUGCUCUAAGGCUAGUUUUGAAGUCAAGUUUAAAGAGGAGAUGGAUAAAAUGGCCAAAUUGGGUAAGCCCAAGAUAAUGGAGGACUUUAUGCAUUAUGAGCCUUUUACUUUUUGUAGGGCAUAUUUCAAGUUUCAUUCCAAGUGUAAUGUUGUGGAAAAUAACAUGUGUGAGACUUUUAAUUCUUGGAUCUUAGCUGCUAGACAUAAAUCUAUUAUCACCAUGUUAGAGGAAAUUAGGCAUAAAAUGAUGAAUAGGCAUGUAGACAUGAUCAAAUUUGCUGAAACUUGGAUUGAUGAUAUUGCCCCUAUGGCAAGAAGAAUAUUGGAAGAGAACAAGGAGUUGUCUAAUAGGUGUCAUGUUCAAUGGAAUGGGGUUUAUGGUUUUGAAAUUAGAGAUGGUGGGUUCACAUUUGUUGUCCACUUGGAUAAGAAAUAUUGUGACUGUAGGUUGUGGAUGUUAAGGGGUGUUCCUUGCCCUCAUGCUGUUUGUGCUUAUUAUUACUUGAAUCAAGAUCCUGAUGCAUAUGUAGAGCAUUGGAAGGAAACAUUUCUUAAGGCUUAUAGCCACUUCAUCCAACCUAUUACCAAUAUGAGGAUGUGGCCUAAGCCUACAAACCCAUCAAUAGAGCCUCCAGUGCCAAGAAAAAUGCCUGGGAGACCAAAGAAGAAAAGAAUGAAGGAUAAAGAUGAGCCAAAGAAAUAUGGAAAGAUGUCAAAGAAAGGUGUGAAGAUGACUUGUUCAUUGUGCAAACAAGUUGGCCAUAACAAGACUGCCUGUGGAAGAAUACAUGGAAUGGGUGGUCCUUCUCAACUAAUACCCUCAACUGAAAGCUCUGUUUGUAGUGACACAAAUUCUGUGCCAAAAGAUGCCCAAACUGUUGCUCCAACACCAGCAUCUAGAACGAAGAGUCCUGCAUAUCCAAGUGCUAGUUCACAAUCAAGCUCAAUUUGUGGUGACACAAGGGCUGUGCCAGUAGCUCCACAAAAGAGGGCUCAAGUUGGAGCUGGCCACAAAAGGGCAUAUACUACUGCUGGUUUUGCUGCAGCUACUGGAAAUAAAAGUAGGCCUACAACUGGUUUUGGUGUAUACUCUAAUCCUGUUACUGGAGCACAAGUCUUUAAUCCUGGUACAACAAGUGAGAGGGUUCUACAUGGUGCAACAAACUUGAACAGUGCUUCACCAACAAAUAUUGAUAUUGGUUAUAAAGCUCGUGGACUGAAAUGGCAAGGAAAAGAUGCAAUGACCACAUCACAACUAUCCCGAUUGAGAGCCAACAAGAGAAACCAAAAGGCUGCAUCAGAAGCAACCAGAUCUUCAGCAGAAAGAAGCUCCAACAAGUAG